CAUCCGUUAAAAGAGUAGGUGAAACUAAAAGAGGUUUUGCAAGUUUGAACUGCAAUUUUACAAGUCGGUGAAAGAAAGAGAGAAGAAUAAAAGCGAGCGAAGAUAGCAGAGAAGGAUAUGUGGAAGAAGAAGAAUCGUUGAUCGGAAAGAAGAGAGAUGAAGGAGGAAGCAGGGAAAGACAAAGACAAAGGCGAAGAAGGUCCUAAGCUUUGGGGAAUUUUCCUAUUCGCCCUAAUUGGCGCCACCGCCACUACUUUUGCCGUUGGUCAGCUGCGGAGGACUGUUGAUUGGUUCUAUUUGCAGUGGUCCAGGUCACAAUCAUCAGCGAAAGGACGGAGUGGUGGUUCUUUCCGAACAGCAUUUCAGGAAGAAGCAUGGAGGAGACACAAUAAACGGAUGCAAGAGGAGUAUGAGGAGGAGAUGGAAAGAGUGGAACGAAUAAGGCGUAUGCAAAAUGUGUUUAACAGAGAAAGAAAUAAAUACAGAAGAAGCUAUGAAAGCUGGAAGGAUGGUGGACCUGGUGCGUAUCAUCAGCAUUUCCAGAGAGAAGAUUGGUAUUGGAAGACUGAUACAUCCUUCAAAGAUCAUAAUUGGAGGACAAAUUAUCGAGAAGCUCCUCGAGAGAGUGGAAGCUAUGCGUUGUCACAUCACUACUCAGUUUUGGGUCUUGACAGGUUUAGAAGAACUCCAUACUCAGAUGAUGAGAUUAAGACAGCAUUUAGGACAAAGGCAAAAGAGCAUCAUCCUGAUCAGAACCAGGAUAAUAGAGAAGCUGCUGAGGCUAAAUUCAAAGAAGUGAUGACUUCAUACGAGGCCAUAAAACAUGAACGUAAGAAUGGGAGUAUGUAAUUUGUCCUGGGACUUGAAAGGAUACAAGGUAUUUUUAAUAACAUCAAGCUAAAAUACUGUGCACUAAAUUUUCAGCUGCAAUUUCAGAAUAGGGUUUUUUUUUUGGCGCUUAUAAUUCAUAGAAGAGUUGUGUAUUUAAUUGAUUGGAAUUCCAAUCGGACAUGCAGUGCCCAUGUAACAUGGUUUAGAUUCUGAGGAGGAGGUUGUGUGCGUAAAAAUAAUUUUACUUCCUUUGUAAGUAGGCAUAUAUUAUUACAUAAUCAGAGCAUUUCUGUUGGGCAAA